UAGAACUCAAAAAUAAACAACAUUCGAUUAUCUAAUCAUGAUGAUGAUGAUGAUGAUUAGGUCAUGAGUGAAAGAUUUUCAUCUAUUCAAGAAAAUUGAUGAUCCAUCAUAUCCAUCAUAUAUGAUUAUGAACAAUUAAAUAACCUACAAGAAAAAGUCAACAUUUAAUUUUCUGAUUAUUGUUGACGUUAUUGUUUAAAGCUGUUUUUUUUCCACAGAAAAAUAUUACAUCAUCAUCAUCAUCACCAUACUUUGCCCGCGGGAUCGAAAUUCGACCCCAUUGUGUUCAAAACAUUCGCGAGUCAACAAACUUGAUGUGUGAUAAAUGUCAAACGAAAAUUUUCAAAUGAUCAUCAUUAAAAAAUUGAAAUAAAUUCCAUUGAACUGUUGAAAAUAUAAUAAAAACUAUAGAAACAUGGGCAACAAACAAAGUGUGAAAUCACAUCUAGAAAACAGUCAACGUACCGGAGUAUUUCAAUUGACCAAGGCAAAAUUGAAUGAAAUUCCUCCGGACGUAUUCCGUGUGACAACAUUACGAACGAUCGAUUUGUCUACAAAUCAUUUGAAAACUAUUCCAAUAACCAUUGCUAAUUUUACCAAUCUACGGACAUUGAUAUUAAAUGAAAACCUGUUGACCCAAUUACCUGAAGAGAUAUGUCGAUUGGCUAAACUGGAAACAUUGUCGUUGGCUGGCAAUCAAUUGCAUACAUUACCAACAAAACUGGGUGAUUUGAGGUCAUUGAGGAGCAUAAACUUGUCCAAUAAUCGGUUGCAAAAAUUUCCCAUCCAAUUGCGAACGAUAAGACAACUGGAUUUUAUUGAUUUAUCUAAAAAUAAAAUCACCGAAAUACCGGAUGGUGUUGGCGAACUGCAAGCACAUGAAAUAAAUUUAAAUCAAAAUCAAUUAUCAAAAAUAUCGGAUGAUUUAGCACGUUGUCCACGUUUAAAAGUGUUACGUUUAGAAGAAAAUUGUUUACGAUUAGACGAAAUAACACGUUCAUUAUUGACUGAAUCACAGAUAUCAUUAUUAGCAGUGGAUGGUAAUCUAUUCGAUAUGAAACAAUUACAGGAUCAUCCAUCAUAUGAUCAAUAUAUGGAACGAUAUACGGCUACUAAGAAGAAAAUCUAAAUUUAGAUUCAUCCAUCCUCUCUAAUAAUAUCAUCAUCAAUCAAUCAAUUAUUAAUUAAUUAAUUAAUUUAACUAAUUGC